AUGGCUUUAAUAAACCUCGAUCGCCUCCACUUCCGUACGCGCCCAUUCUUCUCCAACCACUUCACAGCUAUUGCGGUCGUAGCCUCUUCCCUCCUCGUCUCUCCCCUCCUUCGAUUGGCAUAUAUCGACUACCAAACAUGGUAUGAUCUCGGGCCCGGGGGCUUGCCACGAAAUGUACUAGGCUGGCUCAUCCAAGCUGCCCUUCGACCUAUCGCAAAGGAAACCCUCAGCACAGCCUGCUACAGCGAACCAAAAACAAUCGCACAAGCAGGUGUAUAUUCGCACAAGUCAUUCUUAAUAGAGGAGGCUGUGCCGGUGCGGACACCGCCGAGACCUGAUGUUGGGAAUUGGACAGUGCCACAGAGACAGAGGAGUGAGUUUGCGACGGACGAAACGAAAGAGCACAUCCAAUCCCACAUACAACAGCUAGCACACUCCUCGGCCUCGAACCUACGCCUCGCCCCCUCCCGCCUCGAACGUCACGGCACAGCGCUCUUCCUAACCACGCAACAAUUCCCACAUCCCGCAGCGCAGAAAACCAAAGGCGAGAUCACGCAUAUGCAUGAGAUCGAUGGGUCAUUACAUGUGAGUCUAGCGCCGAAGGACGCGCAGUUGGUGAUAGAACGGGGAUGGGGACAGCGACAUCCACUUAGUGGGGGGAUCUUAUAUGCUGGCUAUGUGUUUAUUUAUGCGCCCCGGACGAGCGAGGAGGAAGCGGUUGUCCAGGGGAUUUUGGAUGCUGGGGUCAAGUUUAUGGUGGGUGGGCAGCCGGGUAGUGAGUGA